AUGUCCGAGAAGUUGAGCGAAGAGGUCGGAGAAAGCGAGGAGAGCGCCGAGAAUCCCCCAAGUGUCCAUGGAGUGGCUCAUUUCACCAGCAUCAAAGCUCGAUAUCGAGAGAUUAAAGCCGAGUUGAGCGAUCUUUCCGCACAUUUGGUUCCCAAAAAACAGGAGACUUUUCAGCGAGAAAUUCACGAUCUUUUGGUUCAAAUCAGUCAGCGCCAUGAGGGUUCAAACUUCAAAAUGGCUUACGAUUUGUCAACUAUUGAAGUGCUACCACCGAGAUGGGAUCGAAUGAGUGCUUUGCUUUAUGCGCUAUCUAUUUUGACCACCACCGGGUACUCGUAUGCAGUGCCAACUACGUGGAAAGGUCAAUGUGUGGGGAUCGGAUACGGGAUGAUCGGCAUCCCGUUGAUGGUGUUGGCAGCGGUGGAUAUUGGCCGAUUUCUCUCGCGGAUCGUGCUCAAAGUUUACACUCAGUAUUGCGAGUUCUCGAGCCGACUUUGUGGGCGGAAAAAAAAGGAAAUUCUCGAUCUCGUCAAUCACAGUAAUCCGAUUUUAAGAGUAAGAAGGCAUAGAUCUUUUUUAAAAGAGUACUCGAAUUGCGAUGGGAAAGAGAGUGACCGAGAGACGGACACUGGUGAAGAGCAUUUGAACAAUAAUGAUCCCGAAGAAGUAAACGAAGAAGCGAAGAAACCGAGCGAAGUCCCGAAGACGAAACGACUUCCACUAUCGCUUAACGCCAGCAUUCUAUUGCUUUUUUGUACACUUGGAGGAUUGAUGAUGAUGGCAGCUGGCAGCAACAAAACCUUCCUCGAGGCUUUCUUCGUCACUUUCAACCUUGUCGCAAAUUUAACGAUGAGCGAAAUGCCGACAGAUCUCAAUCAUGUUCUCACGCUCAUCUAUAUCUUCAUCUUUGUUACAUUUGGAGUCGCUGUUUUAUCAAUGUGUGCAGAGCUGGCAGCUUUUGAGCUGAAAGAUCUUUUCUUGAAGAUUCAUUACUUCGGGCGGAAGAUCAAUUUCAAACGAAAGAAGCGUCCGGAACAGAUGGAGGUCGAAGUCAAGGAGCUGCUCAAGAUCAUCGAAGAGAUUCGGCGAAGAUAUCCCGAAAAGGAACACAUCACUCAUUUGGAUAUCUUACAGUACAUGAACGAGCAGUCGAUGGCCGGCUCGACGCCGCUGGAUCGACGGGACACGAUCGCUUUUAUGCCGCAAACGGUGGAGACGCUGAAAUUCGCCGACGAGGGAGAGCCCGAGGACCGGAGUUUGAGUCGGGUUGAAGAGCUGCCACUGCUUGAUAAAUCCGUCGACCUUUGGGCAUUUUUCUCGGAGAGUGAACUGGAGGAGCGACUUCGGCAACACUCCGUUCAACAUCAGAAAAGAAUCCUCGGGAGACUGCAGAGACAAAAACGUCAAAGCACGAUCAACAGCUUGCAUUUCCCGAACGACGAGUGCAUCAAUUUGCUUUGCGAGGCGAACAAUGAA